GGACUAUGUCACCGGUGGGGCUUGUCCCAGCAAGGCCACCAUCCCUGGGAAGACGGUCAUCGUGACAGGCGCCAACACAGGCAUCGGGAAGCAGACCGCCUUGGAACUGGCCAAGAGAGGAGGCAACAUCAUCCUGGCCUGCCGAGACAUGGAGAAGUGUGAGGCGGCGGCAAAGGACAUCCGCGGGCAGACUCUCAAUCACCACGUCAAUGCCCGGCACCUGGACUUGGCUUCCCUCAAGUCCAUCCGAGAGUUUGCAGCGAAGAUCAUUGAAGGUAGGAGGAGAACGCUGGCCGUGUGGGAUGAGGACUGGGAGAGGCGGCUCCCAGGGCCAGGCUCUGAGGAGUGAAUGAAGCAAGCAAACUUUAGAGCAGAGUUUUGGCAAACCAUGGGCUCGGGGCCAAAUCCAGUUGCUGCCUUUUUUUGUACAGUCUGCAAGCAAUGACUUUAUUUAUUCAUUUAUUUAUUAUUAUUAUUUUUUUGAGACAGAGUCUCACUCUG